GACCAACCGUACCCAACAGCACUCCUCUACCUCCCCUUCCACAACUGCUAGUGCUCUAGUACAGCCCACCCACACUCCCCGCCCCCGGCCGCGCGCGCACACGCGCCUCGCCCCGCUCGCCUACCCCCAGGAGGGCCGCCGAGGAGAACCGCACCGCCGGCCGGCCAUGGAGACGUCGCGCGUGAAGCCCGGGUUCAACGGCGCGGGCGCGGGCCUCGACGGCAGCAGCCGGCGGAGCGGCUACAUGGGUGGCGUGGGCGGCCCGGUGGCUACCGGCGGCAGGGCGGCGCCGGUGGACGCAUGCGGCGUGGCGCUGCGCGUGUUCGUGCUGGCGGCGACGCUGGUGGCCGCGGUGGUGAUGGGCGUGGACCGGCAGACGAGGACCAUCCAGAUCACGCUCGCCGACACGCUGCCGCCGCUGCAGGUGCCCGUCACCGCCAAGUGGUCCUACUCCUCUGCCUUCGUGUACUUCGUGGUGGCGAACGCGAUGGUGUGCGUGUUCUCGGCGGCGGCGCUGGCGGCGUGCCGGCGGCGCGGCGCGGUGGUGCCCGUGAUGGUGGGGGACCUGCUGGCGCUGGCGCUGCUCUUCUCAGCCGUGGGAGCCGCCGCCGAGUUCGGCAUCCUCGGGGAGCGCGGCAACUCGCACGUGCGCUGGGCCAGGGUCUGCAACGUCUACGGCGCCUUCUGCGAGCGCGCCAUGGCCGCCGUCAUCGUCUCCCUGCUCGCCGCCUUCGCCAACCUCGUCAUGCUCAUGCUCACCAUCCUCGCCAUCCACAAGAACUCCUCCUACUACUAGUAUACUAGCUAGGAGAAAAAGGAUCAUAUCAUAUUCAUAUAUAUGUGCGUUGACGUAGUAGAGCUCGGUGCGUGGAGCUGGUGAUCGACACAAGGAUCGGAGAUAGCUGAAAGACUAUACAGUAGUUCUUAUUAUUAAUCAAUUGGGUGCCAAUUAUGUUGGAGACGGUAAUUAUAUUGGACACAGAUUAUCAGUGUUCGGAACUUUCGAUGCUAGUCAUCGAUCAGUACUAAUAACCAGUAGUAGAUAGCAAGAUGGUAUGCGAAUGACAAGCAUGCCCUCUCGUUUUAUGCCACUGGGAAUGCUUUGUGAAAUUGGGAGGAGUUGGAAGGA